GAUGCACACGCUCCAUGCUUCCAAGAUGGCUUGCCUGAUCUCUAUCGUCGUCUUCGUGAGUUUUUACAGCUUUGUCUCCGGAGGCAGUGACGCUAACGAAGCCUCGCAAAGGUACAGGAGUGGGAGAACAUCCUAUGUAGGAGCCAAAUCUGAGGACCCUGGAAUGCGUUAUUGCGGUGGGAAGCCUUACAGUCCAGAAACUGACACUUGUUGCGAAGAUAAUGGAAAGAAAGAAACAGACAAAAUGAGUGAGAGGGUGUCAAAAUGCUGCGGACUCAAAGCUUACAACCCACUCAAUGAAAUGUGCUGUGACUUUACUCUCCAAGCUAAACCUUCUCCCAUGGCGGAGUGCUGUGGAAAAGCGGCCUUCAACAGCAAAACUCAGCUGUGUUGCGGUAUAAACAGGACGAUCUUGAACAGAAGUUCUCCGGACCACGAGUGCUGUCACGCGGGUCAGUACAACACCAAGACUCAGUGCUGCUGCAGCGGAGGGCGCAUUCAAGACAAAGUCUCAGGCUGCUGUGGUGACAACAGACCCACUGUGACAGGAAACACUUCCCCUACCAAUCUUGUUGCAAAUCGCCACGGGGAACAUUUUUGUGGGUUAAAGGCUUACGAUCCAAAGACCGAACGCUGCUGCCAGAGGAAACACGGAGACAUAAACGCUCUGUGCUCCUCAGGUAUGAAACCUACACCAACUCUUUACAACCCAGAGACACGCAUCUGCUGUGAUGGCUGUCUGACAAAGCUGAAGCCAUGGAUGGAUCAGUGUUGUGGAGACACACCAUACGGUUUAGCGCAGAGAGGAGUCCUCUGCUGUAAAAACCGCCUGUUCCAUAAAAGAGAGGAUGGAGAGGAGUGUUCGGAGAGCGGAGAACCUUACAAACCCUCUGCAGAGACCGUGUGUGCUCAGAAGCGGCACAACUCACCGGGAGGGCACUGCUGUGGGGAGGAACUCUACCAGCCCAACAAAACUGUUUGCUGCAAAGGGCAAAGACACAAUCGAGGAAAGCACAUUCGCUGCUGCGGCAUUCAUGCCUACAACAUUUCGAACCCACUAAAGAAGUGCUGCCAAGGAACUCUGCACAACUUGACGACUGGGGAAGAAAAUGACCUGAAGUGCUGUGGAUCCGAGCUGCUGAACUCAACGGACGUUUGCUGCAGCAGUGAGGAACAGUCCGUGUUGUAUCCAUCAAAGGAUGGAUUUAAGUGCUGCGGUCACCACUACUACAACUCUGCUCUGUGGUGGUGCUGCUCGGGCAAGCUCAGUCCAGUACACCGUGACACCACCCACAAACAACCCACCCCGAAAGGGAUUGUUCACCAUUUUGCAGAAUCCAAACUUCAACUGGUGAACAAUCUGAACAAAACACAACUUUGCAAUGAAGUGUUCAUUGGGGUCGUGGAAAGCGUGUCUCGGAGCAGCACCGUGUUCAGCAACGUGCUGAAAAUCAAAGGGAAGGUGGUCACAGUGGAAUCAGAUGUUUUCAUCCUGGAAACUCCGGAUCAGUGCAAGUUCUUCAAACUGACUGCAGGAAAGACCUACUUCUUCAACCACGCCAACGUCUUCGCUGAUUUCAACCACGAGUCCGUCCUGCAGUCGCUGCAUUUCAUUCUGUCCAAAUGUUCUCAGUAGGUCACCGCUGGCGGAUCUGGUCCUACGCAUUUUCUCUAACUUUUACUUUAAGCUCAACUUGCCAUGCCAGAAAGAAAGUUUACUUUAACAGUCUCAUCACCAAGUGCCUCUGAAUGUAGUCUGACAAAAGGCUACAGUAGUCCAAGAGAGGGUCGAUCCAAACGUCGUAACGGUUUGGAGACAAAGAAGCUACCUUAAAAAGAGUCGGUGUUCUGAGAGAACAUUAAAGCUUGUUUUUAUAAGCUAAGGUGCUGCCAGCUGAUGUGUUUGUUAGAAAUAUGUUUUUUUUUUUCCAUUUUAAAUAUAUGCUAUUUUUUUCUCUUUUUUUAAUGCACUGAUUGGAUUUGUACCGCACUCUUGACAAUUGAAUGUUUAAAUAUUUAAAAGAUUUAUUUUAACUUACGCAAUAAAGCUGAAGAGAUUUUUAAUAAAGAAUGUCAAGGGUGGUGAUUCUGCCCCGGGGCUGUUUCAUGAUCUCAGUCAUCCGAAGAAAAAUUGACUUGUGUCAGUUUGCAUCAAGCAAUUUCAUUGUCAUUAUGGUAGCAUCUCCCACAAACGUGACCUUCAGGAGAAGAGAUGCCUUAAAUUUGAUUCACUAUUUCAUAUCUUUCUGCUGUAUAAAUGUGAACAACAGUACAAAGCUCAAACAAAGAGAAGCUCAGUCUUUAUCUACUUUCAUCAUUACUAAUUAAUGGCUUUGUUUUUGUGUUGCAUGUUGAAAACGAAGCUAAAUGUACUGU